ACGGGGAGCCCGGGGGGAAGGAAGGCGGCAGCCGAGCUGGGAGCGCCGGGCCGCGGUGGGAGCGCGCGCGGGGGGCCCGGCUGCACUCGCGACCCGGCCGCGCGGCCCAGGCCCGCCCGGGGAUGCCCGAGCCCGCGCCCGGCCGCCCGCGAGCUGCACGCGCCGGCCGCCGUCCCGGCCUCUAAAGGGCGGCGCAGUCCAGGCUGGAGACGCGCGCGCCGGCGGGCGGAGGGCGGCUCGGGGCGGGGUGCGGGUGGGGGGUGCCCGGGAGGGGCCGCUGAGGCCGCGCGCCCACCCAUCACCGCGGUCCGCGCCCGGCCAGGAGGAUGUGCGGCGCCGGGCUCUGAAGCAUGGAGGGGGUUCUGUACAAGUGGACCAACUAUCUCACGGGUUGGCAGCCUCGUUGGUUUGUUUUAGAUAAUGGAAUUCUGUCCUAUUAUGAUUCACAAGAUGAUGUUUGCAAAGGGAGCAAAGGAAGUAUUAAGAUGGCAGUUUGUGAAAUUAAAGUUCACUCAGCAGACAACACGAGAAUGGAGCUGAUCAUUCCAGGAGAGCAACAUUUCUACGUGAAAGCAGUGAACGCAGCUGAAAGACAAAGGUGGCUGGUUGCUCUGGGAAGUUCCAAAGCCUGUUUGACUGAUACUCGGACUAAAAAGGAAAAAGAAAUCAGCGAAACCAGCGAAUCUCUGAAAACCAAAAUGUCUGAACUUCGCCUCUACUGUGACCUCCUCAUGCAGCAAGUUCACACAAUCCAAGAAUUCGUUCACCACGACGAGACUCAUUCCUCUCCCAGCAUAGAGAGCAUGAACGAAGCCUCUUCUCUACUUAGUGCCACGUGUAACACAUUCAUCACAACACUGGAAGAGUGUGUGAAGAUUGCCAAUGCCAAGUUUAACCCUGAGAUGUUCCAGCUUGCACAUCCGGAUCCCUUAGUCUCUCCUGUGUCACCGUCUCCUGUCCAGAUGAUGAAGCGUUCUGUCAGCCACCCUGGCUCUUGCAGUUCUGAGAGGACUAGUCACUCUGCAAAAGAACCAAUGUCUACACUCCAUCGACUUGCACAGCGUCGCCGCAGAACCUACUCAGAUACAGACACUUGUAAUGAUAUUCCUCUUGAAGAUCCAGAGAGACCUGUUCACUGUUCAAGAAGUACACUUAAUGGAGAUUUGGCAUCAGCAGCCAUUCCUGAAGAAAGCAGACUCAUGGCCAAAAAAAAAUCAGAGUCAGAAGAUCCUCUUCCAUCCUUCUCUUCCUGAGGAAAUGGAAAUAUCCAGCUUCCUCGAAGUAUUGCUAUGCAAAAGCUGCUGUGAUUGAACUAUUGUUAUAGGGAGUAGUUUUUCCCUUAGGAUUUCUCUUCUGCACUUUAUAGAAUAUUGUAAAACAAACAGAACAACCCACAUACUUUUGAGUGUAUUUUAUCUUUAUAUAGUUUAUUUGCAAGAGUAUUUUCCUAAUAAUUCCAGUGUGAAUGUGCAUCUGUUUUUUUCUUUUUUCUUUUUUUUUUUAAAUAAAGAUGGUAUAACAUUUUGACAUCUCAUUCAUAAGGAACAGAUGUAGAUAUUUUUCUAAAAAAAAAUCUGUGAGGGACUGACAACUUUGUCAGUGUGUAUCAUGGUUUAGAAACAUGAAAUCUUAUAAAUAAGGUUUCGCUUUAGCAGAAGUCUGAUGUCUGUGAUUUGUGCCAUGGACCAAAUGGUCACUUUGCUCCAGCUAAAAAUGUCACAAUAGCAGCUUGAUGGUGAUUCUAUUGUAUUCCUUUAAGCAAAAAAGGAAACACUUCAUUAUCUUGAUUAUUUCUAGCCCAAAUGCCAUCACAUUCUGAGCAUUUGAAAACAGAAAAAAAAACAGACUGUGCUGUCCUUCAUAUGUGAAGGUGACACUACUGAUAUGUCAAUACCCAAUGUUGAGUUCAAAUGCUUAAUUUGUAUUUAUUUAUUUUUGUUGUUCAUCCAGAAGUGAAUUGCGUCCUAACUUUUAUGACCUUUCAAGUUAAAGAUGUGUAGGCACCAUACUUUGUUGUUUCAGAGAAGAGGUGUAUGGUGUCUGCGCUCACAUCUGAAAAAUCCAUGGCUUUCAGUGAAAGAAUUUUAUGCUUUUUCCCCCCUAAAGCAGACAUUAAGCUGCUGUUGUAAAGUAUUACACUUUGCAGCCCGUUAGAUUAUUUAGAGACCUUUUUAAUUUCUGACUACUUAAACAAGAAAGAGAUUCUGUCAAGGCAAUUACUCUAUAUCAUUUGAGAGUAGAUUAUAUCCCAUAAGGAAAAACAUCCCACUUUUGGUAGUGCCUGUACAUACCUUUUUGUCGGUGUUUGCCUUGUAAACUGUUUUUUGAAAUUUACUUAAGAGUGACAGUUUUGUCCAAAGUCUUGGAUGAGGAGCACUUUAAAGCAAACUGGUUUGAUGUUUUUAGGUUAAUCAUAUGUUUAAUAAAUAUGUUUUUCGCAUUUAAAUUCAGCAUAUAAUAUAUUGUAUUUUUUACAUUUAUUGUUAUUCUGUGUAGUCUAUGAAUUGUUAAUAGUAUUCUUUAUUACUUGGAUUUUGUUUGUAUUUUGGAACUCCUGAUGAAUAUACAGAUGAGGAAUAUUUUAGGUUUUUUGCCCACAAGCUCUGAAUAGUAUGGUCUAUUUCACUUGUGGCGGAUUAUUUUUUUGAGUUAAUAUUUGGUUGGUAUUUAUUUUACUAAGAUUUAUAAUCAUGUUUUUAUCCUUAAGUUGAAAAUGGCUGUAAAUCAUUUAUAUACAUUAAUAUGUAUUUGGAUAAACUGAAUGCUUCUUAAAAUUUGGAA